UUUGCUGCUAAUGCUAUGUGGUGAAAUAUUGUCUCUUCCCCAAAAAUUAGCAGCAACAGUUCUUCAAAUAAGAAGCAGGAAUCCGUUUCCGUGCAGUGAUUCCAGCAAUCUCGAAAUGGCGAGCUCUCUUCGGCGGCUGGCGAGUGAUUCCAUUAAGAUUUCUAGAUCGGCAAGAGCAUUCUCCACGGAAAGCGCAUUGGUCGAAACAAAACCCGGCGAGAUCGGUACGGUUUCGGGCAUCCCCCAAGAGCACCUCCGCCGAAAGGUUAUGAUAUUCUCACCUGCCAGAACUGCUACUCAGCAAGGAGCUGGGAAGGUCGGUAGAUGGAAAAUCAAUUUCCUGUCCACGCAAAAAUGGGAGAAUCCACUUAUGGGUUGGACAUCCACUGGAGACCCAUAUGCCAAUGUUGGGGAUUCUGCACUAAGCUUUGACAGUCAAGAAGCUGCAGUAUCAUUUGCUGAGAGACAUGGUUGGGAUUACACGGUCAAGAAGCACCACACCCCAUUAUUGAAGGUGAAGGCAUAUGCGGACAACUUCAAAUGGAAGGGCCCUCCUAAGUCUGAGGCGAGCUAAUUUUUCAAAUUUUAUCAUUUGCUUGGGGUUUUUAGCUCAGGAAGGCCCAAGGAUGAGUACUUUGUGUUAUCCUUGAGUGAAUAAAUCUCACAACAUUUGGGUGCCUUCAUGCUUGAUUUGUUUGUGCAGAGAGUUUCAAUACGCUUUGCACUUUGUUGUAAAACAAGAUACUUGUGUAUUACAGAAUUAUAUCCCAACUUUUAGAUAAAAAAAGACUUGUUUGUUUUAA